AUGUAUAUUUUUAUAAGAAACGUUGAACUGCGCCGGAAAAUUAUGAGCACUUUAAAGAGUGAUUCCUUCCAACCGAUACAUACCAAACACCUGGAUAUUGUACAACCGGCUUUAAAGUCGUGGAAAAUUAUGUACAUUACGUUCACAAUCAUGGCAAGUUAUACCGUGGUUAUUUGGACGAUAUUUCCAAUUUUGGACAAGUCAUUCAAAAAAGGACGAUUGCCUUUCGCCGCUUGGUAUCCUUACGAUUCGAAAAAAUCACCGUUCUAUGAGUUGACGUACGUCUAUCAAGUCCUCAGUAUGUGGUACUUAACAGUGACUAAUAUAAAUAUGGACACGAUGAUAGCAGCUUUGAUGGUUUUAACUGGAGCUCAGUGUGAUAUUUUAUGUAAUAAUUUACAAACAAUGAAGAUUCCUGUGGAUCCUGUGAGUCCUGAGAGUUUUACCAACUUGUCUUACGUGAAUGCUCUUACCGCUCAACUUUUUAUGUACUGCUGGUUUGGCAAUGAAGUAGAAAUUAAGGUGGAUCCUGUAAGUCCUAAGAGUUUUACUCAUUUGUCUUACGUGAACGCUCUUACCGCUCAGCUUUUUAUGUACUGUUGGUUUGGAAAUGAAGUAGAAGUUAAGCUGAGUGUAAUAUCUUGGUAUGAAUUACCAUUGCUCGAUUUUUUUCUAAAUACAGUGGUUCAGAACAUUUUCUCAUUAAUUUUUAAUCUCACAAAGUCACUCUCUGCUGCAAAUUAUGCAGCUUUCAAUAUCCAUUACUGUAUUAAUUUUAUAUAA